AUCUUGAGUUUCCUUACUGUCAGCUGUUGCGCCAAAGUUUUGACAUAACUUCCUAACUUUCUCCGAGCAGGUUCAUGUCAUAGUAUUUAUCUUAAAAAGUACGCAGUUUUUUGUGCUGGCGUUUAAUCCGUCGUCAGUGUAAAAAACAAAAGUUUUUCGGCUUUCAGGAAAAUAGUUCGACGUUUUCUUCACUGCAAAAACUUUCGUUAUGAGUAGCGAGCACUCUCUCCAGGCUCUGUCGUGGAGAAAGUUGUAUCUGAGUCGAGCUAAAUUAAAAGCCACCAGUCGAACCUCAGCACUCCUGUCGGGUUUCGCAAUGGUUGCCAUGGUGGAAGUACAGCUUGAGGCGGACCACGUGUACCCACCGGGGCUUCUGAUAGCCUUCAGUGCGUGCACCACAGUGUUGGUUGCAGUGCAUCUCUUUGCCCUCAUGAUCAGCACCUGCAUCCUCCCGAAUCUGGAGGCGGUCAGUAACGUGCACAACCUCAACUCUGUCAAUGAGUCUCCACAUGAGCGUAUGCACCAUCACAUUGAACUAGCCUGGGCUUUUUCCACUGUGAUCGGCACAUUCCUGUUCCUGACAGAGGUGACGCUCUUGUGCUGGGUGAAGUUUUUGCCACUCAAGAACAACAAGGAGGUAAAUAAUGGCACCAUCACUUCCGGCGAAGCGGCGGCCAUCGCUUCCACCUGUAUCAUGGUGCCAUUUGGCUUGGUCUUCAUUGUCUUUGCUGUCCACUUCUACCGUACGCUGGUUAGCCAUAAAACGGACAGGCAGAUCCGAGAGUUGGAGCAGGUCAUCAACCUGCACAACCAAUUGGACCACACGGCUGAGAACGAGGAGCUAAAGCCCGUCCAUUUCCCCUGAUUUCAGAGGCUGAGUGUGGAAAAAACAACAACAAAACAAAACAAAACAUGGACACUCAGCAGGUACCUUCCAUGAUAAAUUUGUUUGUGUUUGUCAAAUUUGCACAGAUGGCUUUUCAGUUGAGUUGUGUUCUACAUGCUGCAUGUUCACCAGACUUGUCUUAUCUUUGAAGGUGGAAUGUAUUUUUUUCUCAUAGCUUUUGUUGCCAAUAUUUAAAAAUUAUCUUCCAAAAAUGCUGAGAUGUUUAUAUAAAAGCAGUACUUCACCUUUUUAAAAUAAAUGAGCCAAAUUUCUUUACUGUGUA